AUGAUUUCUGUCAUUUUGAACAACAUUUCUGAUAUUGAAAAUGGAUAUGUUAUUCAAGUCCCAUGUUCUAAAGAUCAAUCUACGAAUCAAUUUUUGGUGGAGGCAAUUAAAUGUCUUCAAAAUGAUUUAAAUUACACUAAAAGUAUAAGUUUGGAAUUGGUGGAAAUACUGUUUAGCGAUGGACAACCUUGUAAAGAGAGAUAUAUAUGUGAAGAUGAAUAUCCAUAUGUCAUCAAGAAGCUGUGGCCACAACCAAUUAAUCAGCCUUCUUCUUACAAAUAUGAAUUUGUUUUGAGACCUAAAACUCAAAACUAUAUUACUUACAACUCAUUAAAUACAAGAAAAAAGGACAAAUAUUUGACUGGUUUAAUGACAACACGAAGAACACGUGACUAUCAAGACCUAUGCAAUCUUCCAGAGUUAAAUGAAAUAACUUUACUGGACAAUUUAAAACGACGAUUUUUGAUGAAUAAUAUAUACACCUUCAUUGGGUCAAUCCUGAUAUCCAUAAAUCCUUUCCAUUACUUUCCAAUUUAUAAUCCUAAAGAUAUUGAAUUAUAUCAAAACAAGAAGUUGGCUGAUCUUCCACCACACGUGUUUGCCAUAGCAGAUGCAGCAUAUUACAACAUGAUGACGACAAAAACUAAUCAAUGUAUUGUAAUUUCUGGGGAAUCUGGUUCCGGAAAGACCGAGAACUCCAAUUUUCUUCUUCACCAUCUUUCAGCUUUGAGUCAAAGAAACUUUUAUAGUAAUGGAAUAGAAAAAAAUAUUACUGGUGUUGGACCUGUUUUAGAGGCAUUUGGAAAUGCAAAAACUGUUCAUAACAACAAUUCAAGUCGAUUUGGAAAGUUUGUUCAAGUGACAUACAGGGAAGAUGGAACUGUUUCUGGAACAUUUGUUUACAGAGCCACAGUGGAGAAAUAUCUUUUAGAAAAGUCAAGAAUUGUAUCCCAAGCCCCCAACGAAAGGUUUUUGUUUAUAAAGUAUUUUAUUUUUUUGUUAUUGAAUGAUUACCCUUGGCUAUCGAUGGAUGCGGAGCACGAGAUCAACGAGUUUGAUCGUUUGAAGAAUGCCAUGACAGCUGUUGGAUUCACUGCUGGCAUACAACAGAGGUUGUUCACAGUACUGUCUGCUAUUUUAAACAUUGGCAACAUUGAGUUUAAAAAGCAGAUAGAGGCAGGCCGUCAUGAUGAAAGUACUUCAAUCUCCAACAUGAAGCAGCUUCAAAUUGUGUCAAAUCUCUUAAAAGUGACAGAGAAAUCUUUGUUAGAAGCUCUUACAAAGAGAAGAACAAUGGCUGGAGGAGAAACAGUUGUCAUGGCAAACAAGAUUGAUGAGGCUGUGUCAACUCGAAAUGCAACGGCGAAAUGUUUGUACAAUGCUCUCUUUGACUGGAUUGUCUAUCAAAUUAAUGCUGUUCUCCUCGCUAAACAUGAUCUUUCCAAACUCAUGCGUAAAUACAUCGGAGUCCUUGAUAUUUUUGGAUUUGAAGAUUUCCAAUUCAACAGUUUCGAACAAUUCUGCAUAAAUUAUGCCAAUGAGAAUUUGCAUUUUUAUUUUAACCAGCAUAUAUUCAAGUUGGAACAAGAGGAGUAUAUAAAGGAAGGCAUAUAUUGGGAGAACAUAGAGUUCAUUGAUAACACUGGUUGUUUGGAUCUCUUCAAUAAGAAACCUUCUGGUCUGUUACAUCUCCUCGAUGAAGAAUCCAACUUGCCGUGCGGGUCGAAUGAAAUUUUGCUGGGCAAGUUCCACGCAGCCCACCAAAGCAAUGCAUAUUAUGACGUUCCACACAGGAAGCAGAACGCCUUCAUUAUAUUACAUUAUGCCGGCAAAGUCAAGUAUUACAUACAGGAAUUUCGUGAGAAAAACACAGAUCUUAUGCGGAAUGAUGUCGUGAUGCUGUUGAAGAGCAGUAAAAUGGAAUUCAUUAGAGAGCUCGUCGGUCAGAACGUCGUGGCGAUAAUGCGGUGGGCCAUGUUGAGAAUCUUCUUCAAGGCCUUCUUUGCUUUCAUGGGCAUCGCCAGCAAAUGCAUAUCUGAAAGAGACAGCAGAGUUGCUACAGGUUUUCCUGCAAAUUCAAAAUCCUGCCUCAUGAAGAAUAGGAAGAAUGAAAGAUUAGAAAAAGCCGACAGUUUUUGCAGAACCACAUUUGAUGUACUUUCUAUGUGCCUUCAUGAGUUUCACCUGGUCUAUUUUUUCUUUAUGCUAAUAGAAAAGUUUGGUCAUGACAUGUGUGACAUUCCAACUCGUAACGAAAAAAAUCAAAACGUACAAGCCGAGGAUAAACACAUGCAGGAAGUGAAAGCGUUCCAACACUCUAAAUUACCUCUAUCUAGUCGAAGCAGCAAAUCGAAAAACAAGCCUCCAAGCAUCAGUGCCCAGUUCCAUAACUCGUUGAUGCUGUUGACGGACACGUUGAACCAAGCCACCCCAUUCUUCAUCAGGUGCAUCAAAUCCAACCAAGACAAGGCUGCAAAAGUGUUUGAUGACGAGUUGGUGGAACGACAGCUGAGGUACACAGGCAUGUUGGCCACAGUCAAAAUCAGGCAGUCUGGAUACAACUACAGAUUAUCCAUCGAAGACUUUGUCUACUCAUUCCAUGUAUUGCUGCCUAAUGGCAAACGGAGUACUAAAGAAGAUAUCAACAAAUAUCUUAAUCAGCUCAGCAUUAAUAAGAAGAACUUUCAAAUUGGUCACACAAAGGUGUUUCUCCGUGAAGCAGAAAAAAUUUACUUAGAAGAGUUGCUACAUGAAGCCUUGCUAAAGAAGAUUGUAAUAAUCCAACGAUGGUUUAAAAUGCUUUGGAGUAGGAAAGUUUUUCAAAAAGUCAACCUGUCAAUUAUUCUCACACAGAGCUACAUGAGAGGUCAUCUGGCGAGAAUCAGGUUUUCUCAAUUAAGACUUCAGUGGUCUGCCAGUGUCCUCAUCCAGUCGUUUUUCAAGAUGCACUUUGCAAAGAAGAAAUAUCUACGAGCAAUUAAGAUGCAUGAAUGUUUAUUGAGAACGUGUAAAAUGUACCUGGCUCAACAAAAUCUUAAAAAGCAUAGUGCUCUUCAUUUUCAAUUUCUGCAACAAAACACCACUGCCAGUGACAAUAGAACAGAGACUGAUUGUUCAGACAGGAGCGGUAAAGAUCAUCUGUUGAUAGCUGCAAAUGAGGGCGAAGGAGAUAGUUGCAACGUACUGCACCCCGCUGGGCCAUCAUAUUCAAAGGACGACUUCCUUGAUAUUAUCCGAAGUUCUGAUCCUAGCAUAAAAUCAAAUGACAACGUCGACGAUCAGAGAGAAGGCUUAAGUCGCAUUUUAUUUGUGAACUCAAAGAAUCCAAGCAGGGAAUCAUACGAUAUUGCAUACAACACUGGUAGAUUUGCAAAUGAAGCAAGGAGGAAGAAAAAGAAGAAUCAUUUCAUUGAGGAUCACGAUGCAGUUGAUGCAGUUGCGAGUGAGAAUGAAACAACGAUCAUAGAGGACAUUUAUGAGAACGAAGUGGACUGCAGAUUGUCGUCCUUGAACGACUUGCACUCCUACGAUCCCCAUGCAUCCUUCACCAGCCAGCACGAACGCCAGAGAAAUGACAUGCACGAUGUAGCAAUGGAGGGUGACAAAAUUAGCGCUUCUGUGAAGAUGCAACACGGUCUUUCACAUUUAACUCGGCAUUCAAUAAAUGACCCUUCUGAAAAUGAAACAAAUAAGACCUCUUCUCAGGCCGGUCCUGCAGAUGUGGAAGUCUUAGUUGUGCCAGCUAUAGAACAUGUGAACAAUUACGAUGGCAACGACUCACAAGAUGUCUUCGUUAUCAGCAGUGCGUUCCAAGAAAAGCAUGUGAAAGCUCCUCUGGCUGAUGAAGAAAACUUCAAUGAUGAUGAUCUGGUUGCUUUAACGGGCGAUAACGAUUUGGACUGUGAGGUUAAAAUAGUGUCGAUUGAUGAUGAUGACGAAGACGGCGAAGUAACUGAAAGCGUUAAUGUCAGCACACAUCCCAGUGAAAACUUACCUCAACACAAUCUUUUUUCAGAUCCUAUCGGAAGUUUGAAUGAAAAGUUAUCAGUCGCCUUCAUGAAAAAUGAAAAGUCAAAAGUGAAGCCUUCCAGAAGUAGGAAGUUGUCGGUCGUGAAGCAGAGGCAGGAACAAAAGAUGAGUUGGAAUGUUGCAGGCACCAUGCAGUGGAAGUAUCCACUUGAUCUUGUCAUUGAAAAUCUCAAAGAACUCAGACAAUUCGAACAUCAUCUUUCUAUCAAGAAAUUGAACACGUACAAGUUAAACAGAGAGAGAGGAGGCAAGAAAGAAAACAUCAUAGAUGAAAUAUUCAAAUCAACUCUUAACGAAUUCCAUAAUAAUCUACUUACUCAAAUAUCUACUGCCAAAGAGUCGUCCGCCUCUGAGUACGUGGUGUUCAGUUACGAAAGGUUGAUGAAGCUGGUUGAAGAGAUAUUGCGAGUGAAGAGUAGAAACAAAUUUGAAGACGAUAACGACUUCCCUCACACCUUUUUCAUUAAUGCAUUCAGAGGAUUCUUGGAUGAGUUUAUCAAAAAGAAGGAAAAUAAGGAACUGCCUGACAUCAAAUUCAAAAACGUUUUUAAAAAGUCCAAAAAGGAAUCUAUAUUUGAACACAUGGAACACAAGUUUCUUCUGAUUCAGUUCGGUAUUGCCACAUUCUGUGAAUGUUGUCAAGGCAAACUGUGGGUCCUUGAGAAGGGUUACACGUGCAAAGUUUGCAUGUUGACGAUACAUAGAAAGUGUUACUCGAAGUUGAACAGCAAGUGCAGCAAAAGCUCUGACGCUGCUUCUUUAGUUGCCAGGAAAGGUCAUAAGAUCAUAGGUUCUCCUUUGAGCCUGUUGAUGCAAUCACUAGUCGACAUUCACAAGGUUCAUCCACUGAUAGACAGGUUGAUAUCUACCAUUGAGAUGGACGGCUUGUAUACGGAAGGUCUUUACAGGAAAGUCGGACUGGAGUCUGCUACAAAAAAACUCAUUGCUGACAUCAAUUCAAAUGCAGCAGAGCAAGUUGACUUCUCAAAUCAGUCCAUUCAUGUGCUGACUUCUGUUUUGAAAACUUUCUUCAGAGAGAUGCCUGAACCUCUUCUCACGUUUGAAUUCUAUAAAGAUUUCAUCAGAUUUGCUGAUAUUGAAGAUGAAAACGAUAGGACGGUAGCUUUAUAUUCACUGGUUGAUAAAUUGCCACCAAUCAAUCAUGCCUUCCUAGAAAGACUCAUUUUUCAUCUGGCCAAGGUAGCGUUGCAGCAGGAGUACAAUCGCAUGUCUGCCGAGGGCCUUGCCAUCAUAUUCGCCCCGAGCAUCUUACGAACCUCCCAGCAGCUUCCCAUGCAAGAAAGUUUGCUCCAUGUUCCUCGUCAGAGCUUAUGUGUGGAGUGCCUGAUAACAUCUCAAAUGCGAAAGACCCAGUCAACGUUGAGAUACAUCGAGGACAUCAACAAAGACACCAUCGAUGUCAACAAUAAGAUCGCCACUCUCAAAGCCAACGGGAAGAGGGUCUCAACUGAAGAUUUGAAAGUGGAAGAUGAUUUGAACUCGUCCAUCUCAUCCGACGAGCUGACCACACUGACUCACAAGAUGAAGACGCUACAAAGAAAAAAGCAAGUGCUGACCGCGGCCUUGUCGUCCAUGCCAUGUCACAGGAGUCUCAUUGAUGAUGGCCUGCAGUCGUCUGAAGAUCUUGAUAGCAUGGUCGGUGACGAAGAUGCCAGCAGCUGCAGUUUAGGCAUAUAUGAUAAUAUAUCUCAAUAUUCUGAUACUGAUAGCGUUACUUACGCACAAUGACAAAACCGUCUCUUAUGCUGUUUACAGUCUUUUGCCGAUGCAAUCAUGGGAUUGCCCAGAAACUCCACCUGGAUUGUUUUAUUCGUACACAAUAACUCCACCUUGAUUAUUUCAUUCAUACAGUUUUAUGAUAGUUUUUUUUUGUUAAGCGAUGCAUAAAUACAAAAACGCACGCACACACACUUACGUACGUACAUACAUACAUUCAUGUAUAAUGUAUUCCUAUAAUUUUUCGCUUAUUUUCAUUCCACAAUGUUUAUGUACAUAACCAAUGUAAACACUUCAUUUUCUAACGUUUUUUCUAAUUUUACAUUAUGUUUUUACAAGUAUACACAAUUGUCUUGUAUAUUAUAUAUAUAUAUAUAUAUAUAUAUAUAUAUAUAUUAAUUAAUGCAGUAAUUUAUGUAACAUACCAAAUUUUUAGUGUUGGGGAGAGUUUUUUUAUUGCGUUUCUCAAUAUUUCUGACCGAAUUCUUGUCGUCAUCAUUUAUUUUAUUAAAAUUAGAAUAAUAUACAGUUUUCCAAUUCAUUUUCGACAGAUUGAAAAAUCGAAAUAGGCCCUAUACACUCGAGAAUGAUUUGAAAAACUUUAUAUUAUUCUAACUUUAAUAAAAAUCUAUAAUGACAAGAAUUUGGUUAGAAAUAUUUAGAAAUGUAAUAAAUAAAAACUAUCCAACGCGGGAAAUAUGUUAGAUUUCAUAAAUUACUGCAUAUAUAUAUAUAUAUAUGCAUACGUAUGUGUUAUGUAUAUAUAUAUAUAUAUAUAUAUAUAUAUAUAUAUAUAUACGUUGAUGUGUGCGUUCGUACAAUCUUCUACACAAAGCUUAUUAAAAUGCCUUAACAAUUUAUAUACAAAUGAUUUUGCAAUUUGUGAUAAAUCACUUUUUAAUUAAAA